AUGCCGAAAAAGCCGGGUAAAUCAUCAUGGGGUGGACGUGGUGGCAGACCUGGAAAUUUUGACGAUAAACAUUAUUUCGCUCAUGAUGAUCGAGUAUCAAGAAAUGAUGGAGGUUCAUAUUUUGGUCAUAGACCCAGGGUUUCUUUCAAAACCCAAUCGAGACCAUCGCGAGACAUGCCUAGAAAUUUGGCAUUAGCAUGUUUAGACGAUUUAACAUCAGAAGAUGUUCCAAUGGCAAACAGUUCUAAUAAUAAUAAUAGACAAGUGAUAAUGAGAGGCAGGGAUAGAGGUAUUCAGCGUGGACGAAACAGUCCUGUGCCUCAUAGGAGGUUUAGAGGAGGACCAUUAUCUAGAGCUAGACAACUUCCUCUUGGAGAAACUAGUUGGUAUAAAAUUACUAUACCAUAUGGACAUAAGUAUAGUAAAGAUUAUGUUAUAAACAAUCUUCUCAGUUAUAUUGCACCAGAAACUUUUGUUCCAAUAAUGUACAGGAUAUCAGCCACUGAAGCUAGUUUUUAUAUUGAUGAUAACAGAGUGGCGGUGGCGCUAUUCAAUUCUGAUCGCAAGAUCACAACUACUGAUGGAUUCAAAUUACAAGUGAAAGUUUCGAAACCUGGACUCCCACGUUGCGAAAUCGACGAUAAAUUUAAAGAAAGAUUGAAACAAGCUAUGGCUAAAAGAUAUGUACAUGAAACAAAUGCACUAGACCUGUCAAAGUUUCAUAAAGAUCCUGAUCUAAUUACAGAUUAUUUCUGUGCGCUAUUCAGGCCUAUAAUGUUAAAAACUGUAUUGGAGAUUGUGUCAGAACACAUACCAAAUUUGGAAGCCUUAAAUUUAGACGCAAAUAUGAUACAUACAACUGAAGCAUUAAGCAUGUUGAAUGAGAAGUUUCCAAAAUUGAAAAUUUUAUACAUUGGCGAUAAUAAGAUAAGAGAGAUUGCCCAAAUAGAUGCUAUAAAAGACUUGAAGCUAGAGGAGCUAAAGCUAGUAGGGAACCCCUUAUGCAACAAGUAUAAAACGAGACAAAGUGAUUAUAUUAGCGACGUGCGGAAACGGCUCCCCAAGCUCCUACGACUGGAUGGCACAGAGCUCCCAAAGCCAAUCCUGUUUGACGUAGCAGACGAAGGAAAUAAAAUGCCUCCCAUGCAAAGAAUGUUCGUCGCGAACGCAAAGGCGCAAGAAGUUGCUAGCCAAUUUCUGCAACAAUACUUUCUCAUAUUCGAUAGUGAGAAUCGUCAGCCACUAUUAGACGCAUAUGUCGAGCACGCGUGUUUUAGUAUGACCAUAUCCUACAACCAAAAUCCAAAUCAUAAAUUGAAUGGAUACUUGAUGGAAAAUAGAAAUUUAUAUCGUGUGAAUGAUACAAAUAAGAGACAAAAGUUAUUAAAACAAGGACGUUUGCCAGUAGUUUCGUUCAUAUCCGAAAUGCCACAAACUUCUCACUACCUGAAUACAUUCACUAUGGACAUUAGCCUAAUCACGGAGGGUAUCAUGCUCAUCACGGUCACAGGACUGUUCAAAGAACUUGAGAAAAGAGAACAGCAUGUUCGUUAUUUUAAUCGAACGUUCAUUAUAGUACCGGAAGGAAACGGUUACUGCAUUCGGAACGAGCAGCUACAUAUCAGUCAACCGACGGACGCGCAACUGAAGCAAUUGGAUAAUCCAGUGGUAGCACAUGUAACGAGUCCAUCAUCAGAAAUACCUUCGAGUAGUGGAGUAGUGAAACCAACAUCGGGACCGAUUCGCGAAGACAUGAAGCAACAGAUGACCAUGUCGCUCAGUCAACAAACAAACAUGAAUCUGGAGUGGAGCUUAAAAUGUUUGGAGGAAGUAUCGUGGAAUUACGACAAUGCUCUCGCGGCUUUUCAAGAGUUCUACAAACGAGGUCAAAUACCGCCAGAAGCAUUUAAUAAAUAAGAAUACUGGAGCACAGAAAAAGUAA